GAAAGAGUUCUUUUAUCGAUCACUUUUAUUUCAGCUUCGAUUGCAAGCUGACUUAAAUUGAGAUAGUUUAGUUCGAACUAAGGCAUGGAUCAACAAAAUGUCGAGAAAAAAUCGUACGAUGAAAAAAGUGAUUCAAAAAAUCACAACGAUUGGAGCAGCCAAUCAUAUGCUGAAAACUACCGAUCGAAUUCUUCGCGUAGAAUUUUUGGGGGACUAUUGAAUCGUAAAAUCUCUAGUAAUACCACAUUCGGUCGCUCAUCGGCAUCAUCCGAAUCGUCAUGGAGCUAUGAUGAAAAUUCCAAACAAAAUGGUUUGGAUGCUAGUCGAAAUUCAAAUAAUUCAGAACUCUCGGGUUCAUCGGCACCAUCUGAGUUAUCAUGGAACUCAUCUGGUAGUGAAAGCAUAAUAUUCUCGUCGUCGAACACUGACUCUCGAUCGAGCAGCUCGAGCGGAUGGGACACAUCAUUUCUAACGAGUUCACAUUCUAAUCAAAGUCCGGACAAUCAAAGGCGCGGAUCAUAUACAUAUCAAACGACUUCAGACGAGUCAUCCAAUUCUGAAUUUGAACAUUUGUACGCGAGAAAAAAAUGAAUUUCAAAUCAAGAAUUUACAGAAAAAUAUCACAAUAUUUCAAAUGAUGUAGUAGCUCACUUUAAUACUAAUCACAAAUGUUUCACAUUGAAUAAUAAUCAAAAUUAUUAAUGAAAGGAAAUUUAAAA